CUGGAAUUUGCCCGGUGGCUCAGUCAGUCAGAGGCAGGCGCGACUGUUCCACCUCGACGGCUCUCCUCCAACACCUCCAGGGGCCUCCGCGAGGACACGCGCGUACGCAAUAAGACUACUUUAAAAAAGACCAAAGACAACAAACAUGGAGCACGUCUAUGACGCAGCGGAGGAGGGGAGCGCGCGCGGAGCCGCCGAGGAGAACCCGGGCGCGGGGAAGGAGCCGCCGUGCGAGGAGGUGCGGGUCCAACUCCCCGCGGACGGAGCGCGCGGCUCCCCGGACUACAUGGACACCAGGGACGAGGACAAGCGAAGCAGCUCGUCCUCUUCGUCCAGCGACGACGAGGAGGAGGAGAAGAAGGAGGAGGAGGAGGAGGCUCCCGGAGCUGAGGAGGUGGUGGAAGCGGCGCAGGUGGAGGAGGCGAGCGCGCGGGAGCGCCGCGGGUCCCGGCGCUCCUCGGCCUCCUCCUCCUCCUCCUCCUCGUCCCUCGGAGACCCGUGCGACGACCCGCCGCUGCGGCCGACGGCCCUGGGAGAAGCCGCCGCGGGAGACGACGGGAUGAUGAUGUGCUACACGCACGCCGGCACCGACUCCGCGCCGCAGGAGUCCGUCGACUACAGCCUGAAGACCCUGGAGGAGGUCCGGCCGGAUGAGAGCAGCGCGGCGCCGCCCGACCAGCCGGACAUCUCGCUCUUCGUCAAGGCCGGCAACGACGGGGAAAGCAUCGGCAACUGUCCCUUCUCCCAGCGCCUCUUCAUGAUCCUCUGGCUCAAAGGAGUCGUGUUCAACGUCACCACCGUCGACCUCAAAAGGAAGCCGGCAGAUCUGCACAACCUGGCUCCGGGGACGCACCCCCCUUUCCUCACCUUCAACGGCGAAGUGAAGACCGACAUCAACAAGAUCGAGGAGUUCCUGGAGGAAACGCUCAGUCCCCCAAAGUAUCCCAAACUAGCCGCCAAGCAGAGAGAGUCCAACACAGCGGGAUAGGACUAUUUGGCCAAGUUCUCGGCCUACAUCAAGAACACCAGACCGGAGGCCAACGCCGUCCUAGAGAAAGGUCUCACCAAGGCGCUGAAGAAGCUGGACGACUACCUGAACAGCCCGCUGCCGGACGAGAUCGAUGCCGACAGCCUGGAGGAGGAGAAGGGAUCCGAGCGAAGCUUCCUCGACGGCAGCGAGCUCACGCUGGCAGACUGCAACCUGCUGCCCAAACUGCACAUAGUCAAGGUGGUGGCCAAGAAGUACCGCAACUACGACAUCCCCUCCGACAUGUCGGGGGUGUGGCGGUACCUGAAGAACGCCUACACGCGCGACGAGUUCACCAACACCUGCGCCGCCGACGGCGAGAUCGAGACGGCCUACAUGGACGUGGCGCGGAGGUUGGCCAAGUGACCUCCGGGAGACGACCCCGAGCUGAAGCGCCGCACAAACAGACAAACGGUUAAACGGACUCAUUUUAACGCAACUCACCGGGUUUUCAGGCCGCGUUCUCUCCGACACGUCGGCCGGUUAUUUAUUUCCUCUCGACGCGAAGCUUCGCUUUCGAACGUUUCUGCGAGCCGCGUCUGUCGGGGUCCUUCUCUUUAUUUGCUCCAAAGUCCACGGAGUGACUCAUCGCUUGUUGGGACGCGCGCACACCUCCAUCCAUCGAUGAUUGAUGAUUGCAGCCCUUUGUUCUUUUGCUGAAUGUGCAUGUUUGGAUGCGUAGAUUAGAUUUUUUUUGACGUCACUGUUUUGUUUCCUUGAGCGCAUUUUGAAAUUCAUUGAUUUGAACACAAGGUUGAUUUAGGUUGAGAUUAAAUGCUAGAUGACAUUGAUGGCUUAGAACAAAGCUUGUUUCUCAUUUGUUUGCAUGCAUGAAUCUGUUUUUAAAAAUCUAAGAGUUAAGAGCUUGUUUUUAAGAUGAAAAAGUCCCUCAACUCAUGUGCCUUUAUUUGGAAUAAUCAACAUCUAUGCCAAUGUCCCCGAUGAGAGAGUAUUUAUUUAGAUUAGAAAAGCGUCUUCCAGGUCAUCGAUGGUCGCCCCUCCGCUCCGAGGAGCCCAUCAAAGUUCAGAAAGUCUCAUUGUCCACACGGCGGCGGGUGGACAAUGUGUCUCGGGGCUUAUCGUCUUUGGCCCGGCGUCGGGCUGCGACUACGGCGAGACUUCCUUUUAAAACCCCGUGUGGUUUUGGACAAAGCACACAGAGUGAAAUCGGAGCUCACUGCGAAGCUCCACAAAUAAAAUAAUAUUUUCACAAAA